AAUCUCCAUCGCAUUGAAGCAUUCAUACAACUGAGAGAACUCACUAGCGGCACAAUGGAUCCCAAUGCUAAUUUGCCUCAUUUUGUGAUGACGCCGAUCAAUGUCGUAUGCAGAGGUAUGGCAUACCCUGUACUACUAAUUCCCAUCACUAUAAGAAUUAUCGACCUCAAACAGCUGAUUUGGCAAGUGUUUCAAGUCCCAAUCCUACCGGAGAGGCAAGAGCUCUCCUGCGGGCAGUUACUGAGGGAUGAAUUGACUCCGCAAGACUAUGAUAUUCCCCCUAAUGCUAUCAUUCAUGUCCUUGUAAAAAUUCAUGUCAGGAUCUGCUUGAGCUCUCAGGGCCCUUAUUAUGACUACGUGGUCCACGAGGGUACUACCAUGGGGAACUUGAAGGCGAGACUUCACGCAGAUCAUGGCGUUGUCAUCGAAAAUAAGGUACUCCGAAUGAAUACUACUGAUCAUGAUGAUCGUACUCAACUGUGGGCUGCUGGAGCUGUGGAAGGAACUGAGUUAUAUCUCGAUGAUCCAAGGCCUCGAGGACGAGGGCGGCCUAGGAGGGGGGGAUGAUAUGGAGAAAUGCUUAGCCAUUUCAAUGGGACAAUUUGUUAACUUUGGCUUGCUCGGAAAAAUCUUAUGGCUUCACUUCACUAGUAGUACUAUAUUAUAUAACUAGCUUAUAAAGCAUGAACUAUAUUUUAGUUUAGACAAAAAUAAAUUAGGUAGAUUAUGAUUUAGCUUAAUAAUGACCUGUUCGGGUGAAAAAAAUCUCAGUUC